AUGGAGGCAGCGGGGCUAAUGAACCACUUCCCCUGCCUCGUGGUUCGCGGAAUAUGCGACUACUCAGACUCGCACAAGAACAAGGAGUGGCAGAGCUAUGCAGCAGUGGCUGCUGCGGUAUGUGCCAAAGAACUUCUUUGUCGGAUAGCCCCAAAUAAGGUGGAAGCUGAAAAAAAGAUAGGAGAUGUUCUUUCCAAAGGCGUGAACGAAAUGCGCAGUGAUGUUCAAGACACGAAGAAUGUUGUCAAAGGCUUGGAACUUGAACAGAAGCGCGAAAAGACGGAACGUUGGCUGUCGCCGCCAGAUCCGUCAACGAAUUACAAUAACGCCAUGCGGCAACGCCAGGAAGGUUCUGGCCUAUGGUUCUUGCAAACUGAUGCCUUCGUGGAAUGGAAGCAAAGGCGAAAUUCUUUUUUGUGGCUUCAUGGCAUCCCUGGAUGCGGAAAAACGAUUCUUAGCUCGACUAUUAUUCAAGCUCUCGAGCGGGCCAAUCCGCAGGGUCUCCUCUACUUCUACUUCGACUUCAAUAAUACGGGCAAGCAGACACUUGACAGCAUGGUGCGGUCCCUUAUCAGCCAACUUUAUCCUAAAGGCGGACAUGUGUGGAAGGAAUUGGAUUCCCUCUACUCCUCUUGCCAAGACGGAAGUCGGCAACCACCCUGCGAAUCGCUUUGCAAGACUUUCUUACGUAUGAUAGAAGGGAUCAAAGAAGUCUGGAUUGUUCUGGAUGCCCUCGACGAAUGCUGUACAAGGCAAGGGCCAUCGACGGAAGGACUGCUCUUGUGGAUAAGGGAUCUCAUCAGCUCGGAGUACAGGAAUGUCCAUCUUCUUGUGACAAGUCGGCCAGAACAGGACAUCACGUCUGUAGUAAGCGGAUUUGCAGAUAAGGUGGACAUAGUGCCUAUUAGAGCGACGUUAUUACCGACGACAUCCGUGCGUACGUCCACACGAGAGUGA